GAUUCGCGCGUGCUCUCAAAUUGGUUUUAAUUAAAAAAACAUUGAAUAUAUUAUAGCUUUGUUAGUUUUGAAAGUCUGUUUAAUAGUCUGCGUGGAAGGAGCAUGUUACACGCCCUGCUGCUUCGCCUGGCCGUCGCGCUCAGCGUGACGCUGGUGGUGGGCGGCCACCACCCACACAAGUUUCCGCCCAACUUCCGCUUCGGCGCCGCCACCUCCUCCUACCAGAUCGAGGGCGGCUGGGACGCCGACGGCAAGGGCGAGAGCAUCUGGGAUCGGUACGGCCAUCGGCGGCAGAGCGCGAUCCGCGACAACAGCACGGGGGACGUCGCCGCCGACUCCUACCACCGCUGGCGGGACGACGUCGAGGUGGCCGCCAGCCUCGGCCUACACUUCUACAGGUUCUCAAUAUCGUGGCCACGGAUCCUGCCGUCGGGGUUCAGCGGCAAUGUCAACCGCGCCGGCGUGCGCUACUACAGCGAGCUGAUCGACGGUCUGCUGGCGCGCGGCAUCGAGCCCGUCGUCACCAUGUACCACUGGGACUUGCCCGUCGCCAUACAGGACAUGGGCGGCUGGACGAACCCUCUGAUCGUGAAGUGGUUCUCCUCGUACGCGCGCGUGCUGUUCGCGGAGUUCGGGUCCCGCGUCAGGACCUGGAUCACUAUCAACGAGGCGGUGGUGGUGUGCGACUUCAACUACAACCUGGGGAGCUUCGCCCCCGGCGUGCGGGAGCCCGAGCUGGCGCCCUACCUGUGCAACCGCCACGUGCUGCUCGCGCACGCCGCCGCCUACCGGAUAUACGAGAGGGACUAUAAGCCGAAGUACAACGGCAAGAUAUCGCUGGCCAACAACCUGCUGUGGGUGGAGCCGGCCUCGCCCGCGGACCGGGAGCUCGCAGAGCUCGGCCGACAGCACUCGAUGGGUCGGUACCUGCACCCGAUAUUCGGGCGGGACGGGGGCUGGCCGGCGAGCACGGAGCGCGCCAUGCUGGACUACAGCCGCCGCCGCGGGUACACAGAGUCUAAGCUGCCGCCCUUCUCCCAGGAGGAGAAGGACUUCAUAAAAGGUACGGCUGACUUCAUCGGUAUCAACUACUACACGACGUCGGUGAUCCGGGCGGCGCGCGCGGGGGAGGAGGGGGAGUGGUUCGUGUCGGGGUCGCGCGAGCUCGGCGCCAUGCUGGCCAGCCCCCCCGCCGCGCGCACCGGCGCCUCCGCCCUGCUGGCCGUGCAUCCCGCCGGCCUGCGCCACCAGCUGCACUGGCUGCGCCGCCAGUACGGCGACGUCGAGAUGCUGAUCACCGAGAACGGGUACAGCACCUACGCCGGCCGGAACGACCACGACCGGAUACAGUUCAUCAACGAUCAUCUCGAGCAGGUGCAGCAGGCGAUGUCGGAGGGCGUGCGCGUGGUGGGGUACACGGUGUGGUCCAUGAUCGACAACUUCGAGUGGCUCGACGGUUACAGUAUCAAGUUCGGCCUAGUGGAAGUGGACUUCGGCAGCCCCAACAGGACGCGCACGGCGCGCGCCUCCGCGCACUACUACCGCUGCGUCAUCGACGCGCACGCGCUCCACGACGACUGCCUGCACCAGAGUGUACCCGAUGCCGCCAGGGAUGCCGCCAGGGAGCUGCUCAGCGGAUACCUCACCUUAGUGGUGCUAGUGGUGGCUAUAGUGGUAUCGUGAAAAUGAUAUUUGUUGUGUUUUGUGGGAGUAAAGGAUGUGCAUAAUAUGGACAUAGCCGUGUUUUGUUGGAGUAGGUCGUGCAUGAUUUGAAGAUCGAUAGGAAAUAAUGGAUGGGGUGCAGUGUUUUAAGUCUCUUUGAUGGGACGAGGAGAGCACGGGACGGGUACGAGGCACGUUAUUGGUAGAUCAAUCGGAGGUGGAAUGAGAGAGGCGGGUGCGCGCACGCUAUAAUGGUAAAUCACGCUAUUAGCGGCUAUAAAAUAUGUACGGUAUGUUACUGGUAGUAUCUACCUUGAAUAUAAUAAUAUGCGCCGAAUACCCCCGCCAGUUUGCCGAGCGAUCAUGAAAAAGUGCACGGUCUAUAUCAAAUCAUCGUAUUGUAGGAGUCAUUCUUGUCUGUAAAAUAGUUAUUACUUAUAGGAUAAUAUAAUAUAUAAGUUCUAGGUAGUUGCCAAAGAUACAAACAGAUGACUGUAAUAAUGGUAAAUAAGUACGUGA